AUGCUAAGUGAAUCAAAUAUUUAUUUAUGUAAAAAGUUUGCUGUAUCAUGUGCAUACACAUCAAAUUUCAAAACAUUCUCACUUCUCAUCUGUCUGUUGAAUGCCAUCAUCGUCUUCAUAUCAAAUGGUUUUCAUAAAAAUCUGAGGGUUAAAAUGCAAGUUCAUAUCACGAUGAAAAAAAUGAAAUAA